CAACGAGUUUUUCUUCAUACCUAAACGAUCUCCAGCAAGUUAUUUUACGUUUAUUACGCCUUCCAUUUUACUACCAAUGUGCCCAUAGCUCACGGCGUAAUAAAUAAUAAAUUAUAUCCAUCCGUAUACGUAUGCCUGUACGUGUGCCCAUCCUCUUAUGAUUAUUAACACUAACAAAUAAGUUCCUCCUUCGUAUACGAGUUUGGUAAACGGUAAAAAGGAGUUAAAGACUUGAGCUUCAUGUUGCGAUGGUUAUUCACACUUGGUACGUAGGUGAAUCAGAAUUUUUGUUUUGAUUAGAAGGUUCUAUCUUUGCUGUGUGUAGUAUUAUUAUUAAUACUUACUAUCAUCUUAUUUUAACUCAUAGCUAAGCACGAUUCAAUGAAAAGGUUCUUUUGAAGAGUCGUGGAUGAAUGGGCUGACGGUUAAUAAAUUAUUUAUAACAAUGCGCAGUUCGUAAGGCUGAACUGUGCAGAACUGAAGCACCCUCCGUAUAGUCCUGUUUUGUCUACUUAUACGUACUAUAAUUAUAACAGUACCCAUGUAAUUUAACCCUUAGGUGGGAAAAAUAAGAAAUCCUUUCUAAGAUAAAUUUUGCAUAGAAGAUAUUAUCCAAAACAAUGCAAAAGAUAUUUCGGUCCGGUUAAAUAUCAUAAGAAAUACCUACUUAAAACCUGAAACCUUUAUGUAACCAGACAUUUGAAAAUAUUAAUGAUAUGGAAGAAUGAUUGGAAAAGGCACUUUUCAAUGAAUAAUUGAAUGAUCUGACAGAAGGUGUAAAGACAAAGUCGAAAAUUUUAAAAUUAACUAGUAGAUCUAGAUUAGAUUACUGUUCGCCAAACAAAGAUGUAAGUUGUUUUAGUUUUCCAGAAAUAUGCGAAGAUUGAUAUGUGACCAAACGAUCUUCGGAUAUAAGAUCUUUGAUGAUGUUUUUGGCCUCUUUGUGUGUAAUAUGUGUGGACCUAGAAGUAUUUGAAUUAAUUUUGGUCUUACCCAUAACUGCUUCUUUUUUUAUGUGGACUAUUACAGUUUUCGCCAAAAGGAAUUCCCAACAAUUUUAUCUCUCUCUUGUCUUUAAAUGGAAAGACUUUGCUCACGCUUGGUUUACUUUCUUCCAAGGGACUAAGGUCACUGGUUUCUUGCCGUGAUCAUUUUAUAUGUCUACUCGCUACCGAAAUACUACAGAAGAAAAUAAUUUUGUAAUAAUCGUUCGGUCCAUGUAACAAGUAACAUGAUUUUUGCUUGCAAUAAUUUUUUACGAAGACAUAUUCGAUAUUUCCUCACAUGAUUGGCGUUAGUCAACUGGGUCGGAAACAUAUUUUUUUGAAUUUCUUGUGAAAGAAACUCGAGUCCGGCUGCUUGUUAUGUCCACACAUUUCAACUUUGCAACGUACUCCGUUUUCCUGGAGUUACUCCAUUCAGUCGGCGGACGCCUAUUGAAUAACGUGUUUCGUUAUUUGAAUUAAUCGGCAAUCACGAUCCAUUAUUUACUUCGUGCCUUUGCAAUUUCACGUUUAUUAUGCCUUUUCGGCGUCGUCGUAGCGAAACUGUAUAAAUAAUUCGGACGCGGUUCAGUACAAGUCUAGAAGUGGAACAAUGAAGCAUUUCAUUGUGUUCUUAAUUUUUAUCGGUUCUGCAUUUGGAAGCGACUACUUUUACAAGUUCCCCAGUUUCAUCUACUCCAUGAUGGAAUCUAUGAAAGAGGAGAUUGUUGGUGGUCACAAGGUGGAUGUCAAGAGGCACCCUUACAUUGUCCAAGUGUUAUUUAAAAACAGACAAAACUGUGGGGGUUCAAUUAUUUCUCCGAAUUGGGUUGUAACAGCAGCCCAUUGCACAGAGUUCUACAAUGUUAACGAUCUGGCCAUUCGUGCCGGUACUUCCAAAACGAACUCUGGAGGAGUUGUUAUCAAAGUUGCCGAUGUUGCCAUCCAUCCCAAGUUCAAUUAUUCCACCCUCGAUUACGACAUAUCCCUUCUCAAUUUAACCACCCCUCUCAAAUUUGGAUCUAAAAUACGAGCUGUUAAUUUACCGAAAGCGAAACAAAAGAUCGAACCUGGUGCCAAUGCCACGGUGGCUGGAUAUGGAUUGCUGUCACAAGGGGGUGUAUAUUCAGAUCAUUUACAAGCAGUUACCGUUCCCAUUGUCAGUAUGGAGAGUUGUAGGAAAUCUUACGGGACUGGAAAUAUUACGGAUCGGAUGUUAUGUGCCGGCUUGCCUGAAGGUGGAAAAGAUUCUUGUCAGGCUGAUUCUGGUGGUCCAUUGGUUAUAAACAACCAACUCCAUGGUAUAGUUUCUUGGGGCAAUGGUUGUGCAAAGCCAAACCUACCGGGAGUUUAUGCCAACGUUGUUGAAUUAAGAGAUUACAUAAAAGAAGUCACGGGGUUGUAAUGAAGCACAUCUAAUAAUACUUAAUAUCAAUAAUGUACGAACUGAAUUACAUUUUCUUUGUUGUUUUCAUUU